AAAUGAACACCGAAGGGGAUGUCCCUCCUUCUAUGUCCGGUAGCUGUGCUGUGUGUGUCGACAGGGUAAUAUACUUGUUUGGAGGACACCAUUCCAGAGGCAAUACGAAUAAGUUCUAUAUGUUGGAUUCAAGACCGACAGACAGAGUGUUACAGUGGGAAAGAAUGGACUGCCAAGGGAUUCCUCCAUCAUCAAAGGACAAACUAGGUGUCUGGAUAUAUAAAAACAAGCUAAUAUUUUUUGGAGGGUAUGGAUACUUACCUGAAGAGAAAGUCCUAGGAACUUUUGAAUUUGAUGAAACAUCCUUUUGGAAUUCAAGUCAUCCAAGAGGAUGGAAUGAUCAUGUACAUAUUUUAGACACUGAAACAUUCAUUUGGAGCCAGCCUAUAACUACUGGGAAAGUACCUUCACCCCGUGCUGCCCAUGCCUGUGCAACGAUUGGAAACAAAGGCUUUGUGUUUGGAGGCAGAUACCGUGAUGCUAGAAUGAAUGACCUUCACUAUCUUAAUCUGGAUUCAUGGGAGUGGAAUGAAUUAAUUCCACAAGGCAUGUGUCCAGUUGGUAGAUCUUGGCACUCAUUAACACCAGUUUCUUCAGAUCAUCUUUUUCUCUUUGGAGGAUUUACCACUGAUAAACAGCCAUUAAGUGAUGCCUGGACUUAUUGUAUCAGUAAAAAUGAAUGGAUACAGUUUAAUCAUCCCUACACUGAAAAACCAAGGUUAUGGCAUACAGCCUGUCCCAGUGAUGAAGGAGAAGUAAUUGUUUUUGGUGGGUGUGCCAACAAUUUGCUUGUCCAUCACAGAGCUGCACACAGUAAUGAAAUACUUACAUUUUUAGUUCAGCCAAAAUCUCUUGUAAGGCUAAGCUUAGAAGCAGUUACUUGUUUUAAAGACCUAUUAGCCAACUCAUGGAACUGCCUUCCAAAACACUUACUUCACAGUGUUAAUCAGAGGUCUGGUAGUAAUAACACUUCGGGAUCUUAAGGUCUCAUGAGGCCUCUGAUUACCUUGCAUGGACAGCAAUUCUGUAACAUCACAGACUGGUAUAAUUAUGUGCAUUUUUGUAGUUUGCAGCUUAUUAAUUUUAAUGUGCAUGUGAAUGGCAUAGAGAACCUAUUUUUAUGUCUAAGAUGUUUGCAAUAAACGUAUUUGACAUUAGGGGGAUUUUACCCCAAGGAA